AUGAAUCUAGAACUCGACGAACAUGCUCCGACUGCAAAAAGUCAGCAUCAAAUUUCCUAUCCAACCUCAGCCAACUAUCCAUCAUCAUCAUUCAAUGAAGACGAUCGUCAUGAUGACGACAAGUCCACAUUGAAUCAUUCCGAUCGGUCCUCUAUCCAACCCUAUCGUUCCUCCAAUGAUGACCAUCAUCAUGAUGAAGGACAUUCCAACAACAAUGAGAUUGAUUCGGAUCAGAAUAAUAAUAACAAUAACCCACCAACAACACCCAUGAAUCCCAUAACCAUGAUCAAAAAGUUCUUCUCCUCUCUCAAUUCUUCCCAAUUGAAAUGGCUCUUUGGUUUGGGAAUGAAACAAUGGCCAUUAUUACUGAUCGGAACCAUUUCCAUGCUCAUUAGUACUGGCCUCUCUCUCGUGCUACCACUCUUUUUAACUCAAUUGGUUGAUGUCAUUCCAUCGACCAUGAAUUCCAAUCUGCCAAGUGGUGAAACGAACCAUGAAGAAGGUCAGGCUUAUUUAAAUCGAGCCGCUCUCUAUUUGUUGGCCAUUGUGUGUGGUAUUGGACUCACCACGGCCAUUAAACAUUUUUGUUUUAAUUUUGCAGGAGAGCGAGUGGUUGCCAAAUUAAGGAAAGAUUUAUUUGAAAAUAUUAUUGUACAAGAUGUGAGUUUUUUUGACGUGACCAAGACGGGAGAAUUGUUGAAUCGAUUGAGUUCCGAUACAAAAUCAUUGGAAAAUGCAGUGACUUCAAAUUUAUUCAUCUUUUUGAGAAAUACGGUACAGGCCAUUGGUGGUGUUGGAUUUUUAUUUUACACAUCGUGGAAAUUAACGCUCGUGACCUUGUCCAUUGUUCCUCCUCUCAUCAUUGGAGCUAUCAUUUAUGCCAAAAUUGUGAAGAAAUUAUCACGAAAGGUUCAAGAUGCAUUGGCCAAGAGUGCCGAAGUAGCAGAAGAGUCGUUUUCCAACUUGAGAACGGUUCGAUCCUUUUCAAAAGAAUCCUUUCAUGUUUCUGAAUAUAAUGUUUCGAUUGACAAUACGUUAACAUUGGCUCGAAAAUUGGCAAUUUCAGGAGGAGUGUUCAGUGGAAUUAUGAUGUUUUGCUCGAGCUCAGCAGUCAUUCUCGUGCUGUGGUAUGGAGGAAGUCUUGUUCUUUCCAAAGAAAUUACUAUUGGAUUAUUGACAUCAUUUAUUGUUUAUACGUUUUAUGUGGCUUCGAGUUUGGGAGUGGUGAGUUCCAUCUUUUUUGAUUUAAUGAAAGCAAUGGGAGCCACUGCAAGAAUUCACGAAUUACUUUUACAAAAGCCAACCAUUGAGAAACAACGUGUGGUUCAUGAGAAUGACAAGAAGGAUGAACAUUCGCAACAAGAGGGCGAUUUUGAUGACUCUCCUUUUCAUGAAAUUGAAGGCCACAUUCAAUUCCAUAAUGUGAAAUUUUCAUAUCCUUCUCGACCUACUCAAUCCGUAUUGAAAGGACUCGAAAUUGAACUAGUUCCUUCAACAGUGACCGCUCUCGUUGGUAAAUCCGGACAAGGUAAAACCACUGUUGCUUCUCUUUUGCAACGAUUCUAUGAUCCCAAUGAUGGACAAAUUACUCUCGAUGGAAUGUCUAUUCGUGAGCUCGAUACCAAUUUUUUGAGAAAACACAUUGGAGUGGUACAACAAGAACCAACUCUCUUCUCCAACUCGAUUCGAGAGAAUAUUUGUUAUGGAUGGGAAUCUGGAAUGUCCAAUUCGAAUCGAACAGAACCCACGCUUGAGGAAAUUCAAGAUGCUGCCAUUAAGGCAAAUGCUCAUGAAUUUAUUAUGGGAUUUCCAGAGGGUUAUGACACACUCGUAGGAGAACGUGGAUUGAAAUUGAGUGGUGGACAAAAACAACGCAUAGCCAUUGCUAGAGCCAUUUUGAAAAAUCCAAAGAUUUUGAUUUUGGAUGAAGCGACAGCUUCUCUCGACUCGAAUACUGAAUUUUUAGUUCAGGAAGCAUUGCAACGAUUGAUGGAAGGGAGAACUGUAUUGGUUAUUGCUCAUCGUUUGUCUACGAUUCGAAAUGCUCAUCGUGUGUAUGUCAUUAAUGAUGGACGAGUGGCAGAACAAGGUAAUCAUGAAGAAUUGAUGCAAUUGGGAGGAAUUUAUAAACGACUGGUAGAAAAACAAUUAAUUUCGGGAGAGAUUCAGCAAUGA